UGGAUUUUCUAUCAAUGUGUUUGGCUCGUUGACGUGAAUAUGAAGAUGCAAGCAAUCAAAAUUCUUCAAAAGUCCCAAGUUCUUCAUAACCAUCUUGCACGAUCACCCGAAAUAUUAAAAUGAAUGGCAUCAAAGUUAUGAAACGAUGCUCUCUUAACCACAACGGAACGAAGCUCUCUUAAGCCCUGGCAAAAUGACUAAACAUUUCACUAAACAUUUCACCCAAUUUUUGCUUAGUGAAAAAUUUAUUCAUUUUGCCACCCUGUUUAGUGUUGUUGAGCAAAGUUUGAAGCUGGUUAAAAGUGUUUAACGUUGUUUAGUGUUGCUUAGCGAAUGUUCAGCCGUUUUGCCACCAAUUAAACAUCUGUUGUGCUAGCGCAGGCGCCGUGGCAGUGGAAAUCUAAAGGUUUUCGUCUGUUUUCCUGUCUCUACGUAAACCAAAAUCUUUAGAAUGCCUUCGUGCGACAUUUGCAUCAUCUCGUUGUACACUCUUCUUCAACAGUCAACUUUGUUAUCGAUGUACAAAAAAGUCUUUUCUUUUCCUGUCGCUUCAUCCAAUUUUUGCUUUCACCCACUUCUUGUACAUAAAUCUUUUAUGCUAAUAUAUCUACAACAAAACAAACGGAAAAAUUCCAUAUGUUUGAAUAUAUAUUCUCUAUGUUCAUGAACUAAUAGUUUCUCCCUUGACAUCUCAAUCUAUAAGAAACUGCAGUGGAAAAAUUAGUCGAAAUUCUGUUUUUUCCACUCAAAAGUCUCACUUUGUGGCAAAGUGCAGUUUUGGAAUGGAAGAAAAUAAGAAUUUUACUAAAAAUUUCCUGAAUGAUCUAGAAGUCUUGAAGUUUGCUGAAAAAAUUUCACACGAAAAAUGUGAUUAUAUGGGGGUUUUAUAAAAUACAUUUUCAAAGCCAUUUAAAUACAUACAAAGCCAUUUUCAAGUUCUGUACCGCAAUAAAAUAUACUUUAUUAUUGUCAAGAGUUAAGCUACUUCGAGGUUUUUAUCGAGUCUGAGGCUAUCAUGUUCGAGCUGAUAAGUCAACACGACCAUUCAUCAGACUACUUAUCGUUAUAUUGUGAAACAAGUCUAAAGGCAAAGUCAAGUUCUCGAAGUUUUGGAGAAAAUAUUCCAAGCUUCUUAAGAAAUCGUCCAAAGGAUAUGACAAUACAUAGCCUUGAGCAAAUUUCUCGAGCAGAUUGUAUUGACAUUGCCAAUGUUAUUAUGACAGAUCGUGGCAGGUUUAUUGUUCCCAGUGAGAGUAUGGGUCUCAGCGUAUGGACUAGAAAGCAGAUCAGAAUGAUAAAGCAGAUCAGAAUGAUGAAGCACAUGAUGCAGUAGAUCAACAGGAGACAGUGGGAACAGUUGAUGAUCUUACAAAAUGUUUUGGAAGGAAUUCAAGACUUCCAGAAAUAAUGGUCAUGCCUGCAGAGAACUCUUAGAUGAAAUAAGAAGAACUACCUGCUAAAAGACAGUCAUAAUUUGAUGAAAGAAUUGAGAGAGCACCUCGCCGCACUGCAGGCUGCACUCUUUGAUUCUGUGCCCUGAGAAUGUGGUAUUGCUUUGAGAAGAGUGAAAAUAUAACAAAGGCAAUGAUAAAGAUAAAGAGUGAACUGUUCAUUCCACUUCCUCACAGGAAGCGCAAGUAAAAUUUGGUUGGAGAGUAGGUGAGCAGAAAAAAAGUUUUUGCGAGCAAUGGAAAUCAAUGUUCGUGAGGAGGGCAACCAUGGAGAUAUUGAGACCGAAAAUGGAUCAUUGUCUGAAGAAAAGUCUUUGCCCUCUGGAGAUAAAGGAUGCCAAUUGUAGUCCAUUGAAGAGAAACAGAAUCUGGCCAUCAAAGAGCUAGAGAAAAAUAUUGUAAAGGACCAGGUUUUGUCCAGGAAAUGAGGAAAGCUUGCCAAGAAAGGUUACAAAUUUCAAUGUUGAUGAAAUCUUUUCAUGAAUCCAUAAGAACCACAUUAAUGGAAGAGAUUUAAGGAACAUUGGCCAUAAAAAAUGUUUACAGGGAACUUGAUUGCAGUUCUGCAGAAAAUCAUUAAGGACCAAUAUCCAGGAAACACUGGCCUGCAGGAUCCUUUAUGUGGUAUCCUUUUAAAAUUCAAGGUCUACAAGGAAAAGCCAUUUGCCCGAAUACUGCACUUUCCAAUGCAAACCUGGAGAAGUCAUUUAUAUGGAUAGUCUUUCUAAUGGAAAGAUUAAACAAAAUUUGCUUUGACAGAUAUGCUCUUUAGUAUGCCAUGAGAAGAACACUCUCACAAUAAAGGUCAUCCCAGUUCAACAACAAAAGUGUUCAAUCGACUGUGGUCUCUUUGCUAUUGCCUUUGCUCACUACAUCAUAGUUCACAAAGAAUAUCCAUCCUGUGUAAACUUCAACCAAAUGGUGAUGCGACAUCAUAUUCUGUGUGCACUGGAAGCAGAUCAACUGGACUUGUUUCCAAUCACCGGUGAAAAAGCAAAGCAGAAUGCAGAUAAAAUCAUUGAAAUUGACUUUUCUUGCACUUGGCGUCUUCCUUGGUUUCCUAGUGAUGGUACAAAAGUAGAGAGAAAAUAUUGAAUUCAAAAAGCACAGAUGCAAACCAGGUAUUUCAUGUUUCCAAAGUUCCUGAUUGUAACAGUUCCUUUUUGCAUAUACUACUAUGCACAUAAAGUUCAGAAAAAGCAAAGGCAAUCAUUUAUCAAAGGAGAAAGAGACAGACAUCUUACCUCAGGGGAAGAAUGAAUCCACUUACUUCAAAGUGCCAAGCAAUGGAAAAUAUAUACUCAAAUAUUCACUUUGCCUUAGACUAGCAUCUGUUAUAUUGGUACAAAGCUAUUUUGUACCAGAUGAAUACUGGCAAAGCUUGGAGAUUGCACACCUCAAUGUUUUUGGUUAUGGGUACAAAACAUGGGAGUGGUCCAAGGGUAUUCGAAACUAUUGCUACCCAAGCCUUAUUGCACUGACAUAUUUACUUUUAAAAAUUCUGAAUUUGGAUACUGUGUAUUUUCUUGUGACACUUCCUAGAGUUUUACAAGCACUUUCAAGUUCUGCUGGUGAUUACUUAUUGUAUAUAUUUGUUAAGAGAGUUUAUGGAAAUCAAAGAGCAUUUUAUGCAUUUAUUCUACAACUUUCAUCAUGGUUCAUUUUCUAUAAUGGAUCCAGAACACUGACAAACACUACUGAAAUGACUUUGGUUAUUGUAGGCAUAGGCAUUUACAACUGGCACAUUUUUCAGAAAACAAAUGAAUCCAGGGAAAUCAGUGGACAUUCAGGUUUAUCAUUAAUAUGUGGCCUGUCUUUUUGUGGACUGUCCUGUGUUGUUAGACCAUCAGCUGCACUUAUUUGGUUGCCAGUAAUUCUCUGUGAAGUAUUUCAUGAUUUUAUUCAUAAAAGAUCCCUUGGCCUCAUUAGAACUGGGGCCAUAACAGGUCUUGUUAUAUUGUUUGUUUCUACUUUGGUGGACUCCAUCUUCUAUGGAAAUUUGAUAUUUGUGCAUUGGAACUUUUUUCGCUUUAAUGUGCUACAAGGUAUGAGCAGCUUUUAUGGCAGUCAUUCAUGGCAUUGGUACUUUACGCAAGGUCUACCAGUUGUUUUGUUUACAAAUUUACCUCUGGUGGUGUUUACUGUUUUCAAAAGUGAAGUUAAGAGGAAUGAACUUGCACUUUGGUGUCUAACACUACUGUAUAUAGCUGGUCUAAGCUUUGUUAGUCACAAAGAGUUUCGUUUCCUGUUACCAUGCAUUCCAUUCGUCCAUUGCAUUGCUUCAAAAUGGUUCUGUGAUUUUGUUGGACAAAGACGUAGUGAACACGGUGAGGAUAAACCUUCACCAGAAGACGAAAAUCAAGAUUUUAUAAUUGUUAGGAAGAAAAGCAUGGUUGUUCUUGUGUUCCUUGGUAUUUUGAAUCUCUUCGUGGCCUUGUAUUUUGGACUUGUACACCAGCGAGGUACUCUUGAUGUAAUGCGUUUCUUGAGAUCUGACUUGAAAGAAAAGACAGCGGAUAGUGCAGUUUUGUUCUUAAUGCCUUGCCACUCUACUCCUUAUUACAGCCAUCUUCACAUUAAUGUUAAAAUGAGAUUUCUUGAAUGCCACCCAAGCACCGAACCGAAUUAUGUUGAAGAAGCAGAUUCGUUUUAUCAAAAUUCCACUGCAUGGCUACAUUCACAAUAUGAUAGGACAAAGAAUCCUUUUCCUACACAUGUUAUUUUGUUCAACGUGUUGCUUAAGGAUAGUGGUGUUACAUCAUUCCUGAACAGAAACAGCUUUUUUGAGUGUAUCAGGUACUUCCAUACACAUUUCCCAGAAGGAAGAGUUGGAACUCAUGUCGUAGCAUUUUGUAGGGACACGUUGUAGCUGUGCUUGGAAAGGCUCUUACGAUUGAUGACUAAUUUAUUGAAAGGGACAAUGCCACUUCCACUUUGUCUUUACAUUAAUUUAUUAUCUUAGGUAAAACUUAACGUUUAAUCCCAACCAAUCAUAUUCGUUUAUGUCGGUGAGAUCUGUUAUGCAACAACUUGACACAAGAUGUACGCAAUAUUUUGUAGGUCAAAAUUGUAUUCUGUUUUUAAUAUGCUUUCUACACAAACACUGUUGCAGCACCAGUUUUCUGCUUUGGUUCAACUGUUUCUUUGUCUUUUUCUGAAGUAUGAAAAUACCCUGACCAAAAAGCACCAAAAUUCAACAACACUUUUUUAGUUCAUUUUUUGAGAAUUAAAACGGUUUGUAUUUUUUGAUUUUGCACCACUUCAAUGUUUGUAGGGUAAAUAAAUAGCUUUUGAGGUUUUAACUUUUCUGCCGCCUUGAAUAUUCCAAGACUAAAGCCAAUUUUUCCAGCUGGAACUAUCCUUUUAAGUAUCUUGUUUUCUAGAUUUUAGCUGUUAACUCCCUCUCUGGCCUUUUUGAAAGCAUUAAAUGAAAGCAUUCCGAACACGAUGAAACUGUAAGCAAGCUGCCAGCAAAAGCAUCGUUUAAUGCUCCAGACCAGAUCAGAAAAGUCAAGACCCGCCAGCAACACCCGGAUUUUUUUAUAGCCAUCAAAAUAAUUGCCCCUCAUUUUGAAGUUGCACGCCAUUUGUUCUUAAAAAAGUAACUUAUCUAAAUAGUGUUUAUGCUUCCCCAGCUGACUUUUUCAUAGGGGCCAAAGCUUGUAUAGGGCGCCAAAAGCUCGAAAAGAGUUUGAUACGACCGACUUGUCUGGUUAUUAGGUCUCUAGGAGGCAGGGCCUGUUUUAGUGGAGGCAGGGCCUGUUUUAGUACUUUUCAUCUAAGUGCCCUUGAAAACAGGGCCGUAAACCUGUCAUGUCAAUUGGGGGAGGGGGGUGGGGUCAGCAGAGCGAAUGAAUAAAAAGUGUGCAGUGGGUCAUUGCACCACCAAGCAAUUUAUGGUAGGUGUUAUGGAAACAGUUCGAGGGGCAAACGACUUAAUAAACAAAAAAAGAUUUUAAAUUUAGUAAGGUUUUUCAGCUCUAUAUAAGGUAUUUACAGAUAUAUUCUUAGCACGUUGACUUUUUCAUAGUUGAGUUGAUAACAUUUUUCAGAGACAGCUUGAAGAAAUUGAAUCUGGGGGCUGAGAAUCACGUUUAGUGACGUAGGAGGACCCACCAUAUUUAGGGCCGACGAGGAAGAAUAUUUUUUAAAAUCAUACCUUCUAAAUAGCUAUAAAAGCAUCUCCCAGACCAGGUUUAACAAAAUACUAUACCGUUCAGGAUAGACAAAUCGACGUUUCUCUGAAGAACACAGAUUAUUGCUUCUUGGAGAAAUUAGGUAAGGGAAGAGUCUAGUGACAGAUGUUGGGGAAAUGCUUAAACUCUAUUGACAGACGUUGGAGAGAAAAAAGAAAAGGCGUUUUUUAUUAGAGAGCAAGCGUUUUUUCUUGAAACCAUAUCGGAUUCGAAAAAUUAAGGAUGUAUCUAAGAACAUAUCGGGCUCAAAAUGAAACUUUUCUUAAAAAAAACGAGGCUGGGCAAAAUUCAUUGCUUCUCUCUAUGUUAAUAAUAAAGAGUUUAGUCAUUGCUUCUCUCUAAGUUAAAUGCAAAAGUACUUCUUUAUUGACAUGGUACUUUUACGCAAAUUACUUUUACUUUUUGCCCUCUUUGUCUUUUAGCCUUGUUCCUAGCUACAGUUAAAAGCAAAACUCAUAAUUUCUAUGCUAUUAUCAUGUCACUAAAUAUGCAGUUAAAAUUAAGGAGCUAUUAUGGAGGUCUUCGUUCCGCAAUUCGAUUAAUAGAGGUUCAGAAAUUAGGAACUUUAGGACCUAGGUUUUGAGUUUGUAUUUGAUUUUUAUAAAAAGGCAUGUAUGAAAUGUGUGUAAUGUGGGGUUGUCGAGAUUUAUGGCGACUUAAGCGAUUCAUUUCUUAGAUGUUUUUAGAUUUUUUCAAGGGGUGACCGGUGCAUAAGAUAUUUGGGGCUAAUCCCCUCCAUGAACAUCGUCACCGACUUGACACCACCCUGCAAACAUAAAUAACAGCCAUUUAUAUACAGUAGUGAACUUGCGCUUGACACCAUGACAUAGUGGCUGAGGUAUGUUGCAAAACUUAGUUUGGUUCUAACCCAGCUACAGGGGGUUCCUUUCUUUAAAAGAAAACGACGAUAAUUUCUAAAAAAAUCGUUUUUGCUCCAGAUUUUUGGGGGUCCGGGAUUUAUGGCCCUGCUUGAAACCUUUAUUCAUUCAUAUUUCAUUUGGUCUAUCAUGACAUACCUGUUCUUGCAUUAUAUUACAUCAAGUGCUCGUAAUGUAUUGCGAGUUAACGUUUUAAAG